AUGCCUGCCAAGGUCGCUGUGGUUGGUGCCGGUGUUAUUGGCCUCAGUGCCGCCCUCCGCCUCCUCGAAGAGCACCCCGACGGCUCCAUCGAGGUCACCAUUGUCGCCCGCGAUUUCCCCGCGCCGGCCGAGACGUUCUUCCUCGACCCGGCGGCCCACAUCAACUACACGUCGCCCUGGGCCGGCGCCCACAACCGCUGGGUGCUCUGGGUCGCUGACGGGUCGGAGGCGGCAGCGGCGGCCGAGCGCGACCAUGGGUUCGCCCUGGCCACGUUCCGCCACAUGCAGAGUAUCGUGGCCAGGUUCCCCGAGGCCGGCGUGACGUUCGUGCCGGCCAUUGAGUACCUGGAGACGCCCGGACCCGAGUACACGCAGCUGGCCGACGAGGCCCUCCAGAAGCAGCUGGGCCUGCACGACGCCGACCUCGACCUCGGAUUCCGCGUGUUGAGCAAGGACGGCGCCAGCAGUGGUGGCAAGGCGGACAGCGCGGCCGACGCGCCGUUCCCGGCGGGCGUCACCUGGGGCUGCACCUACCGCACAUGGUGCGUCAACCCCAUGGUGUACUGCAGCUUCCUGCUGCGGCGCUUUGUCGCGGCCGGCGGGAAAGUCGCCCGGCGGGACCUGCGCACACCGCACGAGCUGUUUGCGCCGCCCCCCGCCGCCGCUGCUACUGCUGCCGGCACACCACUACCACCACCACCACCACUACCGGACAAGACGCUGGGGGCGCCUGCGGGCGGGUUUGAUCUGGUCGUCAACUGCUCCGGCAACGGCUUCGGCGACGACCCGCACAUGUUCAUCACGCGCGGCCAGACGUGCCUCGUGCGCAACGCCUGCGAUGCAACCGUGACGCGCCAAAACGCCGACGGCUCCUGGACGUUCUCGGUGCCGCGCAACUUUGACGGCGGCACUAUCAUUGGCGGCACCAAGGAGCCCGGCAACUGGGAUGCGUCGCCGUCGCUGGCGAACCGAGAGAAGCUGCUGGCCAACUUUGCGGCGACGUACCCCAAGGUGCUGGAGGGCAGCAAGCGCGGGCGGUUUGAGGUGCUGGCGGACGUGGUGGGACGGCGGCCGACGCGGCGGGGGGGGAUGCGGUUGGAAGCGGAGGAGGUGGCGGCGGCGUCGUCCGGCAGGGCAAAGAAGCAUGUCAUUGUGCACGCGUACGGCGUCGGCGGCCGCGGCUACGAGAUCUCAUGGGGCGUGGCCGGUGCCGUGGCCGAACUGGUGAAAAAGAACCUGUAG